UAGAGUUUAGAUCGAGCCCCCCUUCCCUGUCCCUAUCCUUUUCUUCCACAGGAAAAGAAAACCCACUCUCACCUCUCUCUCUCUUUCUCUCAUUUUUUUGAACCAAAAUCAUUUCCAGUAGCUCAACCAAACAAACGCAAACAUCGUUGAUUUGAUUCUCGCCAAUUUCAAUUCUCCACCGUUGAUCUCCGUCUCAGAUUCUCAUCACCAAAAUCCGAUCUCAACGAUGUGAAGCUUGCUAUGCUUUGCUUGGGCUUCUUGAUUGAUGUGUUUGGAUAGUCCGAUUUAGAGAGAUUUCGGUUUGGAAUCAGAAAGAAGAAGAAGAUGGCGUGGUUUGGUGGGAGAGUUUCGUUGGGGAACUUUCCGGAUCUCGCCGGAGCCGUGAAUAAGCUCCAGGAAAGCGUCAAGAACAUCGAGAAGAAUUUCGAUAAUGCUCUCGGUUUCGAAGAGAAGUCUGGAGACAACUCCGAAUCAACCACUGAAGCGUCAGGUUUAUGGCCUUCUGGCACUGACAGGAAAGCACUAUUUGAUCCUGUCAUGGCCCUUAUGGGGCAUAAAAGUGAAGAAAGUACUGGAGAAUCAUCACCAAAGGCAGAAUCUUCUGAGCAUCCACCUGCAGUUGAGGAACCAUCUGGAAAACCUGAAUCUCCACAGCAUAAAUCUGGAGUAGAGGAAAAAGAAGAAAAUGAACAUGGUAACGACAGAUCUCUUCAUUCUGCAUCUGAACAAGCCACUACAGAAGAAGAAAAUGAAGUACCUGAGGUAGACAAAGAUGCUGAGCGUCCAGGGAUGGCAGAGGGAACAGAUAAUGUGAUUUCAAACCCUGACCAAGCUGAAUCUGAUUCAUUACCUAUGCCUGUUAUACUACCUGAACCCACCAGUCAGGAUGGUGAGACAUUGGAAUCUGUUGGCAAUCUACAAGAGAAUUUAGAAGUGGGACCUUCCGAAAAUUCAGAGUUGGUGCAAGCCAAGUCAGGUGCCAUUGAAGUAGAUCAAGUUGAUAGUAGUACCAUUUUGACACACGAGGCGAGUAAUGUCGUUGAUAUGAGUGAAAGCAUGGAUGAACAGAAGACACAAGUAGAGAGCACAGAUAAACAUAUGUUACAAGCAGAAGAAAAUACAGAGACAGUGGUUCCAGUUCAAGCUGAGGCAUCAAUUGAUAGCCAUGCUGGAGGUGCAACUGAGCCCUCUGGUUUACAUUCCGUUUUCACUGAGGAGACUGCUAGCACUGGUGAAUCAUCUAAUGAUCAAUCACCCCGUGUACUUCCUUCAGACGAGGCUUCUGCGAGAGUGUCUGAAUCAGUUUCUCCCGAAAGUCAUGAAAUUGUUAAAGCGGUUGAAGUGGAUCAGCAAGCCAAUGAUAAUGUGACCAACAUUAAAGAGCAAGAGUUGAGCUCAGGAACAAAUGUCUCUGACUCUUUAGAUACUGUGCUUGAAUUGGAGAAGGUGAAGAAGGAGAUGAAAAUGAUGGAAACUGCAUUGCAAGGUGCUGCUAGACAAGCUCAGGCAAAAGCUGAUGAGAUUGCAAGGAUGAUGAAUGAAAAUGAACAACUAAAAUCUGUGAUUGAGGAUUUGAAGAGAAAAUCCAAUGAUGCAGAAAUUGAGUCUUUGCGAGAAGAAUACCAUCAAAGGGUUGCAACUGUUGAAAGGAAGGUUUAUGCUCUUACUAAGGAAAGGGAUACACUUAGGCGGGAGCAAAGUAGAAAAAGUGAUGCAGCUGUUCUUCUGAAAGAAAAAGAUGAAAUAAUUAGUCAGGUUAUGGCCGAAGGUGAAGAGCUUUCAAAAAAGCAGGCUGCUCAAGAAUCUCAGAUUAGGAAAUUAAGGGCUCAGAUUAGAGAGCUUGAAGAAGAGAAGAAGGGGCUUAGCACAAAGCUUCAGGUAGAAGAGAAUAAAGUAGAGAGUAUCAAGAAGGACAAGGCAGCUACAGAGAAGUUGCUGCAAGAAACAAUAGAAAAACAUCAAACAGAACUUGCAUCACAGAAAGAAUAUUAUUCAAGUGCUUUAAAUGCUGCAAAGGAGGCUGAAGCAUUAGCAGAGGCACGUGCCAACAAUGAAGCCAGAGCCGAACUAGAGAGUCGUUUGAGGGAGGCUGAGGAACGUGAAGCUAUGCUAGUCCAGGCUCUUGAAGAAUUAAGGCAAACUCUAAGUAGAAAGGAGCAGCAGGCAGUGUUUAGAGAAGACAUGCUUCGUAGGGAUGUUGAGGAUCUUCAAAAACGUUAUCAAGCAAGUGAGCGCCGGUGUGAGGAGUUGAUCACACAAGUUCCAGACUCUACAAGGCCUCUUUUAAGGCAGAUUGAGGCUAUGCAGGAAACUACUGCCAGAAGGGCAGAAGCUUGGACUGCUGUUGAAAGAUCCCUUAAUUCUCGACUUCAGGAAGCAGAAGCCAAAGCUGCAGCUGCUGAGGAAAGAGAGCGAUCUGUGAAUGAACGCUUAUCUCAAACCUUAUCUCGAAUCAAUGUUCUUGAGGCUCAGAUUUCAUGUCUUAGAGCAGAACAGACGCAGUUAAGUAGAUCCCUUGAAAAGGAGAGACAGAGAGCAGCUGAAAAUAGGCAAGAAUACCUUGCAGCCAAGGAGGAAGCUGACACUCAUGAAGGUCGUGCAAACCAGCUUGAGGAAGAAAUUAAGGAACUUAGGCGGAAACACAAGCAAGAAUUACAAGAGGCACUGGUGCACAGGGAACUGCUACAGCAGGAGAUAGAAAAGGAGAAAGCUGCUCGGUUGGAUUUGGAAAGGAAAGCUCGUGUCCAGUCUGCUGCUGCAUCUGAUCAAAUUCCCAUAACACGGCACAAUUCUGCUUUUGAGAAUGGCAAUUUAACCCGAAAGCUUUCAAGUGCUAGCAGCCUAGGCAGCAUGGAGGAAAGCUAUUAUCUGCAAGCAUCUUUGGACUCAUCAGACAGUUUCUCGGAGAGGAGAAAUGCUGGAGAGGUAACCAUGAGUCCAUACUAUAUGAAGAGCAUGACACCUAGUGCUUUUGAAGCUGCUCUUCGUCAGAAGGAGGGUGAACUUGCGUCAUACAUGUCUCGUUUGGCAUCAUUGGAAUCUAUUCGUGAUUCUCUUGCUGAGGAGUUGGUCAGCAUGACAGCACAGUGUGAGAAGUUACGGGCAGAGUCUUCCAUGUUGCCUGGCAUACGUGCAGAGCUAGAAUCAUUAAGGAGGAGGCAUUCUGCUGCUCUGGAGCUAAUGGGUGAACGUGAUGAGGAGCUGGAGGAACUUCGUGCAGAUAUUGUAGAUUUGAAGGAGAUGUAUAGGGAACAAGUAAACCUACUUGUGAAUAAGAUUCAGACAAUGAGUUCAUCAACGAGUACUGCUUGAUAUUUCAACUCAACCGUUGUGGUAUCCACCAGCUAGCCACUAUGUUUAUGGUGUAAUUUAUAUUCAAGCGAAUGCAGUUGGUCUUCGGUUAUUCUUUCCCUCUAUACUUGGUCAUUUUAGAUUUGAAUGUCGUUGAGGAGUUUUGGCGGCAGAUAUACAAAGAGGCAAGAGCAUGCCCAUAUUAAAUGUAGCAUGUAUUGUAAUUCAAGGGAAUUGUUGUAUAGCCCAAAACUUAGUGCACAUGAUCAAGCUUUGAAGAUAAUUUUUUUCCCCAUUUGAUUUUACUAUAAAUAAAAAGGUUUUGAAUCAUUUUUUGU